CUCUGGUGAGGCCUGCCGCCUGAGCCGCAAACGCUUCUGGCCUUCUCCACCGCCAGAAGCUCCAACGUCGCUUUAUAAUUUCCCUCCAAUCCUUUGCCUUUCUCUUCUUCCUCUCUGUAGAUUACCCUUCAGCUCUUCGAGGACUUUCUUCCAACAUGGCACCCAGAAAGAAACAUGGGAAUAACAACACCGUCCGCCCUUCCAAGUCUGGCUUCGACCCUCAACACCAACUCCAAGAUUUCUACGAAGGGGAACGUCUCGAUCUUCUUCUCCGAUCCAUGCAGAGAAAAAUAGAGUCAGCUAGAGUAAUGGAUAAUUCUUUGCCUGAAAAGAUAUGGUUCAAGCUCCAAUUUGCGGUUGGGGUGAAUGAUGUGACUCGUGUUCUUGAGCGCAUGAAACCAGUGACAUUACCAAUGGCGGCAAGCUUAGAAUCCGAGAGUAGUUCCGCCGCUCCUCCUCCGAAAGCUAAAGCAGCAUCAAAUGCCAAUGUCACUGAGCUGCAGGCUGUGCUGAUAGCUGCUGAUUCCAACCCGCGGUGGCUCACGAAACAUCUGCCAAGCUUAGCCCUUUCGAGGAAUGUCCCGUUGAUCUUUCUAAAAGAUAACAAGGGGGCUUCCUUAAGAUUGGGUCAGCUUGUUAAACUUAAAACUGCUAUUGCUAUUGGAGUUAAGGCCAAAGGAAAUGUCAUCAAUCAAUUAGUUGAUGAAAUUCUUAGGGGCAGCAGUCAAGGUCAUCUUGGAACUGAAUGGCUCAAUUCAACUCAACUGCUUCCUGCACCAGAGGAGCGAGUCCAGAGAUGAGCUUCUUCAUACAAGAGAAGACAGACUCGUCGACAGUCGUUCAUGUUGCAAACGGUUGAGAGACAAACCAACAAUCUUAUGUACAAGUACGAGUAUCGGUUUAUAGUCAACUUCUUACAUACUGCAAACGGCAAUGUAACCUGUUAUAUCAUUUGAAAGUCAUAUAGUCCAUUACUCCCAAACUCCAAAUCCACUGAAGGCUUUGAUAUCAUUUGUAACCUGUUAACCUGUUAUGUGCAAUGAAUCAUCCUUUGAAGGCUUUAC